UGCACCGUCGGCGUUGUCUGUUUGUUGUGGAACCUUCUCACGUUGGUCAGACUCACAGAUCGAGCGUGAAAACAUGGGCUCUGGAAACUCACACGUGGACGUCUCAGCGGUUUCUCUUCAGUGGUAUCAAGCGUCUUUACAGCACCCAUGUCUCUUACCAGAUGUGGGCGUCGAUGAGUCCUUGCUGAAAUUUUCUGGCAUUAACUCCAACACUGAGCUUCAGGCCUACUCCAGUGAGCUGGCCGACAAAGUCCCAGACUACAUUGAGAAAUUCGUAUCUAACUUUGGGACGUUCAGUCCAAUUCCAAACGCUGUUGGACUUGGAGCUUUAAUGAUUUCCAUGAUCUUGGAGAUCGUCAUGAAGAGCACGACCACGCAAACAAACGAGAACUCAUACAGCAUGCUCCAACGUGUCUUUGGUGAAGAGAAAGCUUCAUCUGUCCGUGACACAAUGACAGUUUGCGUGGACCGUCAUCGCACAUACAUGAACAACGAGCAGCGCUUGGCAGAGGAACUACGGAUAUUAGAAAGGACGCUGAGCGGCCACCUUGCCACCCUCAAGAACUCCCUGCUGUAUGAUGGACAGAUGAGUUCACGUGGCUUCAAAAUCUGGGUGAACGGCGCCUACUUCCAAGUCCAGAUGUUGAUCCACGAGACUCGACUGAGUAAAAAGCCGAAAAAAGCAAAGGCAGAGGAUGUGAAAUCAAUCAGUGCUCUCAUUGAAGUUCUGACGUGAUGGAAGCUUAUAUCAAUCGCAUGUUCACAGAUUAUAAUCCGGUGCUGAAGAGUAAUUUUUUAGAUGUCAAGACAAACCUCGGCUCUCUCAUCAACCAACAUGACGCUUUCACUCCGCCAUACAUAGACUGAGAUCUAAACAUUUCACACCGUGUUUAUGACACAGUGAUGUGAAGGAGGAAACAAAAUCAGCCUCAUCUGUGGAUGAAUCAGUGAUUUUUGAACUAGAAUGACAGAGUGAAAUCACUGUAUGAAGAUGGAUCAGGUGAACGUGAUGUUAAAAAUGAGUGGCACUGUGAAUCAUGUGAUCACGACAUUUGCUGCAUUAAAAUAAUUAAUGUUA